AUGGCCCGGCCUACUCGAACAUAUAUCCCAUUUGACAGACAUUAUUCGCCUUGUACCCCAGAAGUAUUCUUCAAUGCGAACGAUUUUACAAACCAGACUGAAUCCCAUGAUCACGCACUGGAUACCAUCCUCUCCACAACAGAUCAUCAAGAGAUCAUCUACACCAAUGUCCCUACGCCCUGGGGUGAAAGUGUGGUAUCAUUCCUAGACGAGCAAGCAGAAAGCAGCUGCGGCAGGAAACAUUACAACUCCGUAACCCAGAUCUUCUGGAUUCGUGUCUUUACUACUACUGAAAUACACAGCUGCCACCAGGAAUGGGUUUCUCAUGAGCAGUUUCGGUGGAUGGAUUCUGGUCUUUGUACUCUUGAAGAGGUUCUUCAUUUGAAUCAUCGAACUGGGACAACAAUCUAUUCUUUUCACUCUCCUUAUACUGGCUCUCGGAAAGAGCCUGAUCUGUUUAUUCGACCAGGUAAUCAGCGACUACCCAGUGUCGUGAUUGAGUCUGGAUGGGGCGAGUCUAUGCCCAGGUUACACGAUGAUAUGAGGCUGUGGUUGGUAGGGGGUAAUGGAGUCGUUAAAGCUGUUAUCAUAAUUGAAUGGCAUAGAGUUGCUGCCGAUAAGGUUGGAGGGAAGGUCGAAGUAUACACUCUGGACGGCGAUGACGCCCCUAUCCUACGGCAGGAGGAGAUUAUAUUUCCGCCUCCACUGCAGCGGGAACAUAUACAGCGUAUAGCUCUUACGAGGGGAAUGCUUUUUGGAGAUACCAUACCACAGGGAAGAAAACCAGAUGACGUCUUAUCUCUCAGUUUGGAUGAUCUCAGAAGGGAGGCACGUGAUGCUUUGGAUCUUAUGCGACUUUGUCCUGCAGAGUAG